UUUCGUGCCCGUGGCAUCGCUCGUACCUUGCUGCCCGACCGCUCGACGGUCCUCCUCCUCCGUCUUGGAUGCGCUCCCAGGUGCUCGCUCGUCGCACACGGUCCCUGGUCAAGACCCUGCCCGUCCGUCAUCGUGCGCUCCUCUCGUCUACUCACGCUCUUCGCUAUCCGCGCAAAGACCAUGCAGGUGCGCCGCCCGCUACACCCCGACUUACAACACGCUCCUCGUCAUCCGUGACGCCUUCCUCCGGUGAAUCCGAGCCACCUGUCUCUCCGCCAGGGCUAGCUAGUCCUUCGGGGCCGCCCAGUGACGAUGGACCAGGCGAGGAACCCGAGAAGUCACGGCGAAGGAGGACAGUAGUGUCUAGUAGAGACCCUGAUCCCUCGCAUCCUCUCCCCAAUGGCAUCGAAAUUCUAUGGACACCAGAAAACGACCCAUCGUCAUCCGCUGCUUUCCAGCAUGCGUUGCCGCCCCCAGAGAUCUUCGAAGAGAUCCUGCAUAACUUGCACAUUACGCUGCAUCCACAAACUCAGCACCGCGCGACGUACGCUUCACCCUCAAGUCCCCCUGAGGAGCCAUCCUUUGCUCUGUACUGCCCAAUAGAGGGCGGUGAUGUAUAUAUUGACGAGACGGUGCGUGAGAUGGCGCGUCGGACGGGGGCGGAGGUCGUCGUUCUUGACUCCGUCCAGCUCGCUGCUGGUCCCUGCGGAGAGUUCGGGAAAGCUGCUUCUGUACUGCGGCUACCGAGUAACCCGCUGCACUUCCGCUCGCCUUCCUCCUCGGCUGCUCGGAGCCCCUCGCGCGCACAAAGAGAAUGGGAAGAAGAAGAAUGGGAGGAAGGCUCGCCCUACAUGUCUAUGGUGCCCUCGCGGAUGACACUGCAAGUGCUGACGCCUUCGAUAUCGAGACCAGGACAGUCAUUUUUCUCCCCCGCCCCGAGGGACAACGGGAUGUCAAAGCUCAAGGCUUUCUUCAACGAUCUAAUCAAUAUAACUGCUGAAUGUAAUGCUGCUGAGGGCUCUUCUGCCUCUACUGCUCCCUCUAGAAGACCACGCAUUGUCUAUAUUCGCGACUUCGCGACUCUUGCACCGUCAUCUGCUACAUGGUAUCCUGCUUUGCUUGCUGCUGUCCGACAACGACGCCAGGGUCCGAUCUCGCGACCGUCGUCACCAGUCCUCAAUCCUACUACCAUUGUAUUUGGCAUAAUCCCACCCAUAGCAGGAGCGACCUCAAGCAGCGCUGGCUCCGGCCCCUCGAACCUCAUGAGCAUGCUUAUGUCGCAGCGGUCAACAUCAUCUGCUCCUACAUCCGGCGACCGGAAGCCAAAACUUGAGUUUGGCGAAGACACGGCGAGCGAGAAGGCUCGGGAACGGCGGACGACGGGCCGCAUGAAGCGGUGGGCGCGGAGCGGGUCUCAGGUCCAGGACAUCCCGCAACUUGCCUCGCAAGAGGACAUGGAGGAGGCGAGCGGCAAGGGAGGCAAGCCCGAUAUCGUAGUGCUCGGCGGCCAGGAGGGCCUUUCAGGCCUCCCCUCGAUGCUCGGCCCCGCGCUGUCUGCCGCUAUGGCCCGCGGGGGCGGCGGACGACCUGGCCCUGGCCCGUCGACCACCGAGACGAGCACGCAGUUCUUCCGGACGUCGUUGGUGCUCCCGAACGUGCGCACGGCGUCCCUCGAGAGGGAAACGCGGAUGGCGCGUCGGAGGGAGAUCACCGAGCUGACUAUGCGCAUGGGUGUCGCUGCCGUCGGGGGCGAGCUCGAGCCGCUUCAACGGCGCGUAGAGACAUCUGAGUCGUCGGAUCCCGUCACAGAGGGGUCGGAGGAGGCCACGAGCAAGGAGAACGUCGAGCAGCGCCUCUGGGAUGACUGGGGCAAGCACAUUGUCCCCUGGUCUACUGUGCGCCGUAUCGCGGACCGGGCCGUUGGGCGGGUCAUCGCUGAGCGGACUGAGCAAGGGUCGACAACGCCUUCCCUGGAGCCAACGCCGAUUACCUGGUCUGCUAUCUACGACGCUUGGGUCCGGCACCAAACCGCGGAGGGUCUAUGGAAGACGCUGCUUGCUCCUGCGCCGGGACGGACUCGCGAACACCGCGAUGACGAGGAUGGCGAUGAGAAGGCCACGGACGAAGAUGCCGAUGUGGACGAGGUCGUGGAACGCAUCAAGCGCGAUCCCGACCUCGAUCCGCAUGAAGCUAGGCUAUUAGGCAGCAUAGUCGACACCUCUUCGUUGACAACGACCUUCAGUCAAGUACACCUGCAAGAUCACACUAUCGACUCCGUACGGACCAUCGUCUCCUUGCCUCUGUUACAUCCCGCGGCGUUCCAGCAUGGUCUGCUCAAGGAGCACAACAUGACUGGAUGUCUGCUGUUUGGGCCUCCGGGUACGGGUAAGACCCUGGUUGUGCGAGCCCUUGCCAAGGAGGCUGGCUGUCGCAUGUUGGCGAUCAAGCCGUCGGACGUCAUGGACAUGUACGUCGGCGAAGGCGAGAAGCUCGUGCGCGCUGUGUUCUCGCUCGCGCGCAAGCUCUCGCCUUGCGUCGUCUUUAUCGACGAGCUGGAUGCCCUGUUCGGUGCCCGGAUAUCGCGCGACACUGGUGGUGGCAUCGCGCAUCGUGGUGUCAUCACCGAGUUCAUGCAGGAGAUGGACGGCCUGAAGUCGUCCAAGGACAACGUCAUCGUCAUCGGCGCGACUAACCGGCCGUUUGACUUGGAUGACGCUGUUCUCCGGCGGCUACCCCGGCGCCUGCUCGUUGACCUACCCGGAGAGAAGGAGCGGGAGGAAAUUCUUAAAAUUCUACUCCGCGACGAGACAUUGGCCGAGGAUGUCGAUCUAGAGGUGUUGGCAAGGAGGACAGAGAGCUUCUCUGGUUCCGAUCUAAAGCAUCUCUGCGUUGCCGCCGUGCUGGAUGCUGUGAAGGAGCGAGUUGAGGUACCGUGGCGUUCGUCGCAUGGCACUGAUACCACUACCACCGCUCCGACGUCGUCACCGAACGACGUUUCCAAGGUUGCGCCGAUGGCUGCUGUAUCGGAGAGCACUCCGUCACCCGCAGCAGUGGAAGAGCCGCAGGGUCAGAUCACGUCGCAGACGCAAGUGCUUCCGUCCGAAGGUGGAGAGGUCACAAUCAAGACUAUGCCCUCAAGCGAAACAGCCUCAAAGGUCAUCGACAAUGCCUCCCUGGUCGUCGACGAACUCAAUGGCGGAGACGAGGACGCCAGCAGCGCCGACAAGGCGGCGGAAGAGCCGUCGCCCGAGACUGCAGCGCUGUACACGCGGACUAUCCACCUGCGCAACUUCGAGAAGGCCCUCAAGGAGAUUACACCGUCUGCAUCCGAGUCGCUCGGCAGUCUCGCAGAGCUACGGAAGUGGAACGAGGAGUUCGGUGAGGGGCGCAAGCAACGCAAGCAGAUCGUGUGGGGCAAGGGCAAGUUCGGAUUUACGAUCGAGCCCGUUGACGAUUCCGGUGCGGGACGCGUCAUGACCAACGCUACGGAGGUCAAACCCACUGACUCGGCUGCCCACGCUGCACUUCACGCAUCUGAGGCGACACGAUCUGACUGAACAGUAAACCC